AUGCCUCGGUUUGCCUUUGGUCUUGGUGUGCCGCACGAUGCCAGACGCCUUGUUGACCUCGAGGUCGCCUGGAAAGAAUCACUGAUCGAAGCCAGGCUGGUCGCAGCGACUUUUGAUGGCUGUGAUCCAACCUUUCUUCGGUACUUUGACCAGAGCCACGCUAAACUCGUCCAAGACAUGUUUCGAACGAUUGCCAACAUCGACCUGAGCGCCGACCUGUCUGCAGCCAAUAUGGAACAAUACCUCCCGCCUCGCAACUGGCAGGUUAACGCAGAUUUCAGCAAACUAAAGAUUUAUUACGGCACAGCCCCUGAACUACCACCCGACCGGCGACAAGAUCUAGGUUGCGGUUUUGGUAUCACUGCGAGUCUCUAG